AUGCGAUGGCAGGAAGUGUUGUACAGCGCCUUAAAGAAGUCCAGGUCAUCCGUUGUAAUGGUUCCCCGUGCCACUGGAUCAAAACUUCUCAGGCCGAGACAGUGGGAUUGUCCCCGUAUUCUUCAAUUUUAUUAUUCUUUCUUAUACAUUUGCCCGUUCAUUCCUGUUUACCAUCUCGUUAUACAACAAGCAAGCAAUCAAAGAGCUUUCUUUCUUUCUCCUAACAUCUUUCUUUCUUUCUUUCUUUCUUUCUUUCUUUCUUUCCAACAUUAUAACAAUUCUUUUUUUCAUUCCUUUCUUUUAAAUUUUUUUCUUUUUACUUUUUCUUUUAUUUCUUCCAAAAAUUUUUUCUUUACAUUUCUUUUCUUCCUUUCUUUCCUUCUAACAUUUCUUUGUUUCUACAAACCCACCUUUCUUUCUUUCUUUCUUUCUUUCUUUCUUUCUUUCUUUCUUUCUUUCUUUCUUUCUUAA